CACUCCAAGAUGCAAUUUCAAGGCAGCUUGAGCGGGCCUUUAAUUUUCAGUUUAUUCUUGAUAUUUCUUCAAAAUGUUCCUAAAACUGAAGCAUCCCAGUGCAAAUCCACCGAAAUUCUGUCCGACAAUGGCUGCGUGGAUCGCGAGGGCUUCCUGAACCGGAUCAUAAUGCGCUCCUGGAAGGAUCAGGGCUUCGAAAAGGCAAAGGCGAGGGCUGGCCUGGUGGACGAUAUGCAGUGUAAGCCGGGCGAGGUGAGGACGCCCUUUGGCUGUGCGAAGCCCCCGUUUCCACCGCGCAGGGAGUCGGCGAGGGUGCCAGUGCACCACAGCAGCUUGAGUCGUGACCAGGUGGUCUUCUCCAAUUUCGGUGCGGCCCGAACCUACUAUAGGGAACCAGAAGUAAAGUCUGGCAAAAAGGAGAAGAGGGUGCCUUACUCGGGACCCCCCAUUUCGGCCCACAAUCGUCCCCGUAUAAGCUAUAUUAUGCCGGGCAGGUUGCUCCGGACUCAACGCAAGUGUCGACCUUAUGAGACCGUCGGACCAGAUGGGCAGUGCCAUCGAAAGAAGGGCAAAACUGGGAUCUAUGAGCACAGGAAUCACCUAUAUGGGUUGCAACUGAGACACCGACAUGAAGGAACUGAUACACACAAAACAGUUGAUGGGUCAGUUUGACCCAAUCGAAUAGUUACGUAACCAUACAAAAUAGAAUACAGCUGAUGAAAAUAGUAACGUGUAUUUUAUUUUCAAAUUAAAAAUAUUUUCUG